GGGAGGGCGGGGGCGGAGCUGGCGACGCCGCGGGGGCGGAGGGCGACCGCGGCCCGGCCGGGCGGCGGACAACCCAGAGAACCGGCCUAGCCGGAGGACCGGAGGAGGAGGCGACCCGGCGCGCCGGGGAUGUGACCCUGCGGCCAGAGGAGGACCGAGGCGGUCCCCGGCAUCCACAGGUCCUGCCCCUGGACACCUGGCCCUCCACCCAGCCCGGCCAUGGCGCUGUGCCUGAAGCAGGUGUUCGCCAAGGACAAGACGUUCCGGCCUCGGAAGCGCUUCGAGCCAGGCACACAGCGCUUCGAGCUGUAUAAGAAGGCGCAAGCAUCGCUCAAGUCCGGCCUGGACCUACGCAGCGUGGUGAGGCUGCCCCCGGGGGAGAACAUCGACGACUGGAUCGCUGUGCACGUGGUGGACUUCUUCAAUCGCAUCAACCUCAUCUACGGCACCAUGGCCGAGCGCUGCAGCGAAACCAGCUGCCCGGUCAUGGCCGGCGGGCCCCGCUAUGAGUACCGCUGGCAGGAUGAGCGCCGGUACCGGCGGCCCGCCAAGCUCUCGGCGCCGCGCUACAUGGCUUUGCUCAUGGACUGGAUUGAGGGCCUCAUCAAUGACGAGGAUGUCUUUCCCACUCGUGUUGGAGUUCCCUUCCCCAAGAACUUCCAGCAGGUCUGCACCAAGAUCCUGACUCGCCUCUUCCGGGUCUUCGUCCAUGUCUACAUCCACCACUUCGAUAGCAUCCUCAGCAUGGGGGCUGAAGCACAUGUCAACACCUGCUACAAACACUUCUACUACUUCAUCCAGGGAGAUGACAGAGCGGAUCUGUCACUGAGCCCAAGCCUGGAGUUGUUGCCUGUCAGAUGGACCAUCUGAACACAGAGUGGCUGGGGAGAAGACCCUCAGGAAUCUGGUGGCAGAGGAACCUAAAGUCCCUGGGACCCCUCCACACACACAAAGCCCCUGGACUUGUAGUUCUCAAGAGUCUGCCCACGUGCCCCUUGACUGCUUAUCAAUGGAGAAGGGGAGAGCUUAAAAGUGGGCAAAUAGAAAGAAAGAAGGAGGUACAUCUUCACAUGAAGUCUAGGGUGGGAUAGACUAGGUUUCUGCUCCAGUCCUUGACCCUUCCAUGAUGGUUCCCGUGCCCGUGUGGGGAAUGUAGAUGUGGCUGAGUGAUAGCGAGAAAGGUACAAGAGUGUAAGCAAGCUGUGUGUGGAACAGCACAGAUGACUGUGUGAGUGUGUGUGAGUGUGUGAUUUACACUGUGGGGUGUGUCUGUAAGAGCUAGCUGCCUUAGACCCUCCUUGGCACAUAGAAGGUCCUCCAUAAAUGCUAGGUAAAUGAAUGAACGGAAGGAGGGAAGGAAGGAGGGAUUGGGACCACCAGACCAUGACCCCUGGGGGAGUGAUGACAGGUCAGUGGUCUAACCAUGUGUGUAAGUGCACAAAAUAUGACUGUAGAUGUAGUUCUUUAUUUGAACCUUCAGGCUACCAGCUUCCAUAAGCAUGCGUUCUGGGGAGCCGUAGGGACUUAAGAAGGGACUCUUGCCCUGAGUACCUAAACCCUUGGCCCACCACAGACACAGGUUCUGAUCUGCUCAGUCAGAGAUGCCCAGGAACUGUCAUUUCACUCAUCCCUCUGCUUCUAGGAAAGCCUGAUUAUAGAUAGCCUCCUGAGGGCUGGGAGCUAUCCCUCAUGUCCACAAAGGUCCUCUGGUCCUUUAAUUGGGAAUCAUACACUCCAAUCUAGCUCCCAGAAUCUAUAGACUUGGCUCUCAGGAUCUGAAGCCCAGUGUAAGAUAAUCCUCCAACCCAAGGGGGUUAGUGGAACUUGAAUUCGGAAACCCCGGAGACUUGUCUCCCAUCCCUGGCCAGUGAAGACAUAUUGCUAGUGAAUGGACUCUUCCAGGCUUGGAAAGCCCCCAUCCUGCAAGGAUCUGCCUCCUGCCCAGCCAUCCACGAGACAUUCCAGCUGGUUGGAUAGCUGUCCACAGAGAACCUGGGAUGUUCAUUCAACACUCCAUUACUCGGUACCGCCAUGCCUAGCCCUGUGCCCAGACCCACCUCUGGGGAAACUGAGGCAGGGACGGGGCCCUCCCUCCCAGAGCCUCUACACUGGGAGGCCAGGAUGGAGAGCCAGAAAGGGCCUGAGGAUCAUCCAGUCUCCCAGAAUCAUCUAUGUACGUAGGAGGAAGCUGAAGCCAGGAAGAAAGGAGAGAGAAACUGUCCAAGGCCUCACAGAGAGGCUUUUGUGGAGCGAGACUAGCAACCAGGGGUCCUGACUCCCACCCCAGGGCCUGUGGAUUGCUACAUAGGGAGAUGAGUUGCUUGUGGAAAGAGGGUUUGACAGCCCCUCUCUAGAGCACAAUUGUUCCUGCUUUAAGCAAGGAUUUCUAGUGAAUGCCAGAGUACCCACUGCCCCACAGGUCCGCUGGGGCUGUAUGCUGAGCCAAGCCUCCAAAAUUAUGCCCCUCUCCGUGGCCCAGCAGCUGCCUGAUCUCUGAGAAAGCAGAUGGGGCUCCUGGGGCCCCCAUCUGGACCCCAGACCACUGCCUCUGGAGAAGUUCCCGAGGGAAACACUUACCCAGCAGCUUUGCCAGAGGCUUUGGGGUGGGGUGAGGUCCGGGGGGAUCAGAGAUUCCCUCA